AUGUCUAUGAGUUAUAACAACUUUAAAGCACAUGAGUUACCAGUUCUGUUAGACAACAAAGCAGACAAAACUUAUGUUAAUGAACAGAUCUCAAAGAUCUCUAAUGCAUCUGUAAACAAUGGAAUACCUGAAAGCAUUACAGUUAGCUUUGGUAAUAAUGAUAUGGGUAAAGUUGCAAUAUUUAUAAAUUAUAACAUUGGUCCAUCAGAAAAAGGUCCAAGUUACUAUACAUUGAGUCAUGGUAAAUCUAUUGAACUUGUGUUCCACAAAAAAGAUGGAACAAACUUAACUAUUCAUCCUGGAGAUACGUUUGAGUUUUAUUUGAACGAUGUCACCACAGUAGAUUAUACUUAUAGACCUUCUAACAUGUUUGACAUGAUGUAUCCAAUUGGUUCUAUAUUUACAUCAAUGAGCUCAACAAGCCCGCAAACCCUUUAUGGAGGUGUUUGGCAACCGAUUGUUGAUCAGUUUCUUUACUGUUCUAACUCAUCAAUGGACUUUGGUGGUUCAAAGACUAUCAGAGUUGAAAACCUUCCACCACACUCCCAUAGGUUCAGUGCAACAACAUCUACUAAUGGAGAGCAUUCACAUUCAAUGACAAAAAGAGGUUAUACAAAUCUUGCAGCAGGUUCUGAUAGACAAGGUAUGAAUAGAUAUGAUAUCACAGAUGACCCUAGAGAUGUUAGUACAGGUAUUUUCUGCGGAUCUGCAGGAAACCAUACUCACACAGUAGCUGGAAUCACAGAUGCAACAGGAAAAGGUCAAGACUUCUUACCACCAUUUAUGACUGUAUUCGCUUGGUUCAGAGCUGCUUAA